GUUUAUGUCGUUACUAGGCAGCGAUAACGGAGUUCGUUUGCUAAGAAAUACAAGAGAAGAUAUUUCUCUGCUAAGGUUGUGCACUGAAGUAAACACCGCAGCAAAGUCCAAGUUUUAUUCCAAACUAAUAGUUAUAGUUAAGGGAAGGAACUAUUAUCGCCACCCUGGCUACCUCGAGCGACAUCCGAGGGAAAAUACGACAGACACGCCGUGCUUUUCAAGAAACUCUUGGAAAAAGCAGAGAUGACGACGACGUUCAGGCUCUGGUUCCGUCUACCAAGUUGAGUGAGGAGAAGCACCAUGCUGCCAUGAAGGAACCCAGUGGCAGUGAAGACCCAGCAGAGACUCUGAAGCGCACAUUCAGGGCCGAGAGACAGCGGCGGAAGAAAAGGCUACUGGGGCAUACUUCAGACCAGGAAUCCCAGGAUGACGGUGUGGAGGAGAUCUCCACCGUUCAGCCCCACACUGCCGACGGGGGAUUUGCUGGAAAGUCGGAGGAUUCAGUGGUUUUGCCAAGAACUCCGGCUCGUUCUGACAGAGGUGUCUCCUCAAGGACUCAUAGCAGUGCCAGCUCUCAGCAGUUGGAUGACUUUUUGACGCAACGCUUACAGGAGAAGCUGAAAGCAACCAGGCCUAAAGGUGUGAGCCGUGAGCAGCAGGAAGCGUCGCCUGAGCCAGUCAGUCGCCUCCAGAGCCUCAGAGACAGAGACACUGUUACAAGGUUUGACAGAGAGGUUGAUCCAGACAGAGCAGGAAGACACGAUGCCCCCUCUGCACUCAGCGCCAGGGUCAAGUUCCGAGAAGCUGCUAGACGAGCAGGGAAAGGUUUACCGACUACGGAGGAGGCAUACAAUUUCUUCACAUUCAGCUUUGAGCCGGAUCCCGUAGAUGAGCCUGAGAGGAUUCGCAGGAAAAAACAAAAGCAGAGCAAAAAAGCUGAGGAGGACGGAGAUGAAGAUGGAGGAGGAGAAGCUGAAGAGCACGAAGGUGAUGAAGUGGAUGAAGAGAUUCAGGAGGAAAGAAGCCAGAGUGAAGAAGCUCCUCUUGUACAAAACGAAGAAGAGGAUUUAUUCAUCAUUCACCAAACUCCCCAGGAUUUCUUAGAAGUGAGGAAAGCAGAAUAUAUUGGCUACAGAAAACUUGUCCAAAGGGAAAGUGAGCUCCUGUUUACGCCAAGCUUUCGAACAGUUCCCACCUCUGUUAAACUGCCUGAAAACAUGAAGCCUCGUUAUCUGGAGGAUGAGGGUCUCUAUGUAGGGGAGAGGCCCCCUGUAUCACUGACCAAUGAGAACAUUCUGGAGAAUCGCAUUCUGAAAAUGGAGGAGGGGAAGAAGUGGUUUGGAGAUGAUGGCAGGAUCAUGGCUCUGCCUGACCCCAUAAAGGAAUCAUCCACCAGGCCCCCUCUCUUCCACAUGGAGGAAGACCUGGACCCUGCACUCCAAUCUGUGUACAGGAAGGCCGUGAAGUCCAAGUAUGCGAAUCUGUACAUUUCUGGAGCAGCAGACCCUGAGGGCGACUACCAGCUCGACGUCGAUGUCUCUGGGCUGAUCUUCUCUCAUCACCCCCUCUUCAGCCGCGAACACGUCCUCGCGUCCCGUCUGGCCCAGCUGUACGAUCAGUACCUCACCAGGCAACACAAUAACCUCACAGGACACCUCACCGACAAGUUAAAUGGGUUGAGGAGUGCGUUGCGGAACAUGCUGGAGAUCCACGGUGGGCAGAGCCUCAGUCAGGCCAUGCAGCAGAGGAUUUCUGAGUACAGCCUGGAGGUUAGGAACACUCGACAGCUGCGAGACAACGAGCAAGAAAAAGACAGGACUCUGCUGAAGAACAUAGUUAAAGUGUGGAAGGAUAUGAAGGCCCUCCGAGAGUUUCAGAAGUUUACCAACACACCCUACAAGCUGUUCCUCAGGAGAGAGAACGUGGAUCGGGCGUCUGAUGAGCGGGAGUAUGAAGCUGAAAUCUUGGCAGAGGUUGUGGAAUUAGAGGUAGAGAAUGAUGAGGACUACCAGAAGAAGUUAACGGAGUACCAGAAACAGCUGGAGGAAUGGAAGCUCUGGAGAAGGAAACAGAAAGCCAAAAAGAAGAAGAAAAAAAAGAAGAAAAGCCUGGCGCAGGACGACACGGAGGAAGACGAUGAAGAUCAGGAAGCAAGUGAAUCGGAGGCGGCGGCCGAAGAAGGCCCCUCGAAGCCGGAGCCUCCUGAGAGGCCGGACUUUGACUCCAUAGAGCAGUGGGUCAGGGAGAAAGCCUUCAGGAUACGCAGGAAACCUGGCGAGGCCAUUCUCAUCCCCGAGCUGUCAGCGUCUGGAAACAUCACCGCCACCGAACUCUGCCCCAGGGCUGAAGUAGCUCGAAGAGAAGAUGUUGCGAGGCGCUCUCUUUUCGUCAAGAUCCUAUACAACGACAAAGAAGUUUCCAGAACCGACAGCCGUUCCCUCAACAGUGACUUCAGGGCGCACUUUGGUCAGAUUUUCAAUCUUAAGAUAGUCAAUUGCCCCCAAAGCAUUAAUUUACAGGUGUUUGAGGAGAUUGGAUUGUCGUGCUCAGUUUUGGCUCAAGUGUUUGUCCCAGUGCCCGAGCCCUCAGUCUUGACAGGAAACGUCCCCGUCGAAGAAUUUGAGUUCAGCAGCAACCAGAGAGUGAUGUUUGACCACGAGGGAGUUGGAAGUGAUGUCCCGCUCUCCUUUGAGGCUGAUGGCAGUAACAAACAGAUCCUGCUGACCUCUGGGAAGCUGUCGUGUUGUGUUUCCUGGGGAAUCGGAGAGGAUGACGUACCGCUCGCACCUCCUGUUACUCAACAGCCAGGUGGCAUACACGGUGGUUUGGGUCGUCUUGAUGCUGUCACAUUCAUCGGAGCCUCUGGACUGUAUGACAUGAAAAAAAUUGGCGAGUGGGCCACACAGUCACGGCUGGACCCUAAUGAUCCUAAGAAUGCCUCCAUCAUGCAGCUGCUGAAGGUAGCCAGCAGCGGAGAGGUGACGGCUCCAGAUUACUUCCGCCUAGAACAUCUGCAGGAGGAGUUUAACUUCGUGACCGACGAAGAGUUGGAGCAGUCAAAAAGGUUUCGCCUGCUCAGGCUCAGGAACCAGGAAGUUGCAGAGUUUCGCAACUAUAAAUUUGUUCCUGCUCUAGAGAGGGAGGUCACCGAUAAAGUCUUCCAGGAAUAUGAAAAAAGGUUGAAGGAGGGAGAGAUAAUUGACACCAGAGAACAUUUGGAUUCACACAGAGCUUUAGUUGCCAAAUACCUACAGAAGAUCAGAGAAUCAGUCAUCAACAGAUUCCUUCUUGCAAAACAUCACUACCUCCUGUCUGACUUGGUGGUAGAGGAGGAGAUACCAAGCAUUGGAUUACCUGAACUCCCAGCUCCAGUUGUUAAGGGAAGGUUAGAUAACUCGGAUUACCUUGAAUUGUGGGCUCAGCAGCCAAAGCGACUCAUCACAAACAGUGACAGGGUCCGCAUUAUUCACACGGCGAUGAUUCUGGGGAUAAACCUCUUUAAACUGGCUGAGCCCAAGCGGCCGCUGAAGCCUCGGAGGAAAGAAAGGAAGAAGGUGACAGCUCAGAAUCUGUCCGAUGGAGACAUCAAACUGCUCAUCAACAUCCUCCGGGCCUAUGACAUCCCCAUCCGCAGGCCGCAGACCAAUAAACCAGGACAGACUUCUCAGACUGCCAUCCAGGGCAACGAUUGGUUCCUGAGUCAGAUACAAGUGAGGCCAUUUGUGGAGGUUUCCUUCCAGCGCACAGUCCUUCAAACAACCACAGCUGAUGGACCAAACCCAUGUUGGAACGAGGAGCUGCAGCUGCCAUUUAGUGCCCCAAACGGAGACUACAGCACCGCCAGCUUGCAGUCAGUUAAAGAUGAAGUCUUCAUAAACAUAUUUGAUGAAGUGGUGUAUGAAACUGGAGUGAAUGAUAAAGACCGGGGGAAGUUCACACAGACCUGGGUGGAGAAGCACUGGCUGGGCUCAGUCAAGAUUCCUUUCAGUACAAUUUAUUCUCAGUCCAGGAUUGAUGGGACGUUCAAAGUGAACACGCCGGCCGUGCUGCUGGGGUACAGCAGGGAGCGGAGCCACGGCGCUAAUGGUGGUUAUGAUGUUUUGCGGAGCCUGAGCGAGGGAACAUUUAUCACACUGUUCAUCACUAUGGAACCGCAGCUGGUGCCUGGAGAGUCUAUUAGGGAGAAGUUAAAGGAAAUUAAGUUUGACAGCCAAGAAGAUGAGCGUUUGCUGCAGGCUUCAUCCAGAUUUGAGAGGGAGGCAGCACUGGGCCACCCGGACCGACCCUGCCUCACCACAGUCAUAGACCUCAGCGGGAAGACGGUCUUCAUCACGCGUUAUAUUCGACCGCUCAAGCCCCCGAAGGAGCUCCUGGAGGCGUUUCCCAAUUCCCCCCAGGAAACUGCGACCCUGGUUGCCAGGUUUGUCUCGCUCAUCCCUUCUCUGCCAGACAGAGUUUCGUUUUCUGGCGCCUGUGACCUGUGGAGCACCUGCGACCAAUUCCUCACCCUCCUAGCGGGAGAUGAAGAAGAACAUGCUGUAUUGUUGUGCAACUACUUCCUGUCUAUGGAGAAGAAAGCCUGGCUUAUACUUGGCACAGCCAUACCAGAGGGAUCCACAGCGUACGUCCUAACCUACGAGCAGAGCCGCUACCUCAUCUGGAACCCCAGCAGCGGUCAGUACUACGGCCAGUACGACACCUUCUGCCCGCUGCAGACGGUUGGCUGCUUGGUCAACGCUGACAACGUUUGGUUCAACAUUCAGGAAUAUACUUCACCGAUGAGAAUAAGCUUUGACAUCUCAAACGCCAGCUUGUGGAAACCGUUCUUCUCCCGAUCCUUCUCCCACCCUGGGCUGUCCAGUGUGCAGCCAGAGGAGCUGGUGUACCGGCGCACGGACAAAGCAUCUGCAGCCGAGCUUCAGCACAGAAUCGAGAAGAUUCUGAAGGAGAAGAUUAUGGAAUGGCGCCCACGGCAACCGACCCGCUGGAACCGCUACUGCACCAGCACCCUGAAACAGUUCCUGCCCAAACUGGAGCUGAGCAGAGGACAGGACGUGACUGAGGGACACCGACAUGAGUUGCAGAGCCUGCUGGGAGACAACAAGAUUUCAGGAUUCCCCCUGCAUAUGCCGUUCUCUGAGAUCCGGCCCAUCAUAGAGGCUGUGUACAGCACUGGAGUUCACAGCGUUCAGGCGUCAAAUGUGGAGUUUGCUCUGGCCGUGUAUGUGCACCCGUACCCCAACAACGUCCUGUCUGUGUGGGUGUACCUCGCCUCACUGAUGCGCACGUGAUGCAAGAAACGCUCACCUCAUAGUAUUAAUGUGUACAUAAGAGCUUUAGUUUUAUCACUACUUUGUGUAAUUAAUGUACAUAACACUUUUUGGAAAACAUGUUGUGUGCACAGAAACCACCUGUAUCACAACCUGUAUCAGAGCAAUAGCAAUUAAGUUUUUUCUUUUUUUUAAAUCUACAUUUACAUACAUGGGCACAAUAGAAAUUGAUUGGAACAUUGUACAGCAGCCUGAUAAAGCCAUACACCAUGAAACAAAUAACCUUAAAAUCACAUUUUUAAAUAAAAAAGUCUGAGAGUCUCAACAAAAA